AUGAGUGAACCCACCACAGUGACCCAACCACGCGAGCCACAGCUCGAGUCGCAGGAGCCCAUCCUGACAACGCAGGAAGUCCCGCCUGCCGCGCCACACGAACACAAGUCUCUGCGCGACGUCUUCCGCCGCUCCUCCCACGAUAAACCAGAGAAGGACAAGGAGAAGGAGAAACCAGAACGCCGCGGAAGCUGGCGCGACGUCUUCUCACGCGAGUCCCAUUCCGAAUCGCAGCCGCAGCCCCAAUCCGAACCCAACCCCGAACACUCCGAAGCCAGCCCCGAUGCACCGCCUGCACAGCCUGAACAGCCUGCGCAGCCCGCUCAGGGGUCCGAGAAGCGCUCGAGUUGGAAGAUGUUUGAGCGCCGCGGGAGCAAGGACCCAAAGGACCCAAAGGACACAAAGCAAGAGCGUCGCAGUAGCUGGAAGGACGUGUUCCACAAGGACAAGUGCGUCUCCCCAAACGAAGCUUAUGGCAGGCAAACAACCACCGCAGAGGCUGGAACGGACGUGCCCGCCGCACCGCUAAUGCAGAGCACUGGCCCAAACGCUGGCGCCUGA